CAAGCCCGAGUUCUAUAGUGUGCUUCCCUCCGAGAUUUUCGAUCAAAGCAAAAAGCUCAGUGUCGAAAGUUCAGCAAAAGGGUCUUCGCCACGAUUCGAAAGAGGCAAGUAGGAGUCUCGAACAGUCCACCUAGUUCCAGAUCAAAAAGAGCGGAGUUCUCAGGAUUACAUUCUGAUUUUCCUGCGCCAAUGCCAGCGAUUUUUUGCCAUUUUUGUGUAGUCAUUUGUAAAAAAGAACUGUUCUUUAGACUAGUUUUUUUUUGUUCCUGAAUAUAGAGCGCCACACUUCAGCCAAGGCCUUCCCCGGACCGAUCUUCAAAAAGUAAUACUCAUUGCUUCCCCAAAUAGAAAUAAAAUGGAACUGCUGGAAGUUGCCUCUAUGAUGCUAGUGCUAGCGCGUCGGGAUCGCCUCAACAGGGCAUGACAUCGCGAAGAAUGGCGGGGUAUGCUGCCGGAGAUGUUCCGCCCGCCGCGGAUUGGAAAAGCCCCGCAGCCCGGCGUCCUUCCGCAGGGAUGGCCGCGCCGCCGGCUGCCGCCUCGGGGCGGAGGCAGACGUCCGGGGAAAUCAGGACAACUGCUGGCCAGGAUGAACACGACUCGUGUGGCGAUGCAGGUUCGCCCGCUUCGUUGAAAAGCAAAGGACACGAUGAGGGAGCGAAACCUAAGGAAACAGCGAAGACACCGAGGAAAAGCAAGAACAAAUCCGCGUGGCAGCAGCUGGCGGAGGUCGAGCGGCGGCAGUACCUGGCUUGGCAGAGGCUCCGGGAGGCGAAGAAGCGGGUGGCGCAGAAGUUUCGCAAGACGUUUUGGAAGCACCUCUGGCGCACCACGGCCUUUCAUGUUGCGUGGAUGAGUCUGUUGUCCGUCGCAGUGGUUUCGGCGGGUAUUUUGCUCGCCUGGCAGCUCGGUCGGCAGCUCCCGGACCCGCCCAGUGUGGUGCACCGGUCCAAGACCGAAGGCCUGCAACGGCCGCGAGGGCCGGAUUCGUUUCUGCAUUUUGACUCUCGCGCGCAGAACGACCCGGAGCGGGAGGUGGGGAAUUUCUUAGCCGACCUGUUAGACGAAUCUAAUCCGUUCGAGGGCUCUGAAAAGCUGAAGGAGUGCCUGGAGUCGACGUCUCUCGCUGAGUUCUACUCCGCGGAGAAAACCUGCGAAAGCCUUGCCAUCCCCUGCCGGGCGUUGUACCGGGCGGUCACACUCAAAUCGGAGGACGUUCCUCUCCACGGAAACAACAACAGCAGCCGGUGUGCGCGCGUCGGAAAGGCCGACCGGACGGAUGCGGACCGCGUUUAUUUGGAGCUCGCCGCCUUUUUGCCGUUGACGCACAGGCUGGCGGAACGGCUCGUGUGGGAAAAUUGCUGCGUCGACGACGUCUUGUUGCCGAAACCCGCAGGACUGGUGCACCGACCUCCGCCGGCCGCAGUUGCGAGUCCGUCGCCGCAAAUCAUUCCACAGCGGCCACAGGGAAAAUCUACUCCGAAUGUAACACCAGUGGCACGUCCUCAGCCUGUAGCUGUUCCAGAUCCUGCAGCUUUGAUACAGGACUCUCCUCCUUCUACGACUGCCACUGCUCAUCAAGAACCUGUCGCUCCUGCAGAUCUCCCUCAACCUGCGGUUUCCGCUGCGCCUGCCGAGCAACCCCCGUGGCCCGCUGCGCCUACGCAGCAGCCGACCGUAGUUCCUUUGGUACGACCACCUACUCAGCCUACUGGCCCCGCAACGCCUACGCAGCACCAGCCUAAUGUAGUUCCUGUGGCACAUCCUACUCAGCAGGCUACUGGCCCCGCUGCGCCUGCGCAGCUGCCUACUGUAGUUCCUGUGGCGCGACCUACUCAGGAGGCUACUGGCCCCGCUGCGCCUACGCAGCAGCCUACUGUGGUUCCUUUGGUGCGACCUACUCAGCCUACUGGCCCCGCUGCGCCUGCGCAGCAGCCUACUGUAGUUCCAGUGGCGCGAUCUACUCAGGAGCCUACUGGCCCCGCUGCGCCUAUGCGGCAGCCCAGUGCUGGAGUUCCUUUGGCACCUACUCAGCAGCCUACUGAGCGCAGGCGGGACAUUAAUACUACCACCAGCCAGGAGAACAGUCUGGAAAACAGACCACCAUGCCAGGGGUGUCUUCCCGGUACAUUCACCUUGGGACCACCAUCGGGCUGGGUCAUUACCUUAGGUACUGAACCAGCCCCGGUUCCAGCUGAUGGUAGUGGUAAUACCACUACCAUCACUCCGGCAGGCGAUACACCGUUGAUAGGUCGACCGCCUGCAGGUACUAACUCACCAAGCGACGACCCACCACCAAACAACCAGGAGCGCCCAGAUGACGCGCCUCCGAUAAUAGGUCAAGGAAACAUAAUUUCAAUGGCAGAUCGGCCGCCCACGUCUUCGGCGUCAGGCCAACACCAGGUCGUCCACCCAAUGGCGCCCCCGACGAUAGGUGUACACAACCUGAUUUUGCGACACGAUACAUGACCACACCUCUGAGAGCGGCAAACGGAAGGUUUUGUGGGUAGCUUCCGUGUCAUUCCGCACAGAGCAGAAUGAGAUCCCACCAGGCACGGUGCAGGAAGUAAUGCGGCCACAGACUGACGCGGUGGCGAAGAUGUUGAUGGACUUCCCAAUGAUGAGAUGAGCCGAGCUGCGACUAAUGUUGUACUUAGGAGACGGAACAAAAAUGAAAAUCAGCAACCAGCUGAAGUGAAUCGGCUGUAGCGAAAUCGCGAGAAGAUGGAUGAGCAUCGCUUUGUGCUCUUCGAGGUAACGAACGUAAUACUGACAAGUGAUGCUCACAAACGCGAUCAAGUUUAUUGUGACUCUGAGGCACCAUCUUGCGCCGUCCUCAAACGACAAAAGAUGACUCGUAC